GAGCGGGCGCCGCCAACAUGUCGGAUACCAAGGUAAAAGUUGCCGUCCGGGUCCGGCCCAUGAACCGGCGAGAACUGGAGCUGAACACCAAGUGCGUGGUGGAGAUGGAAGGGAACCAAACGGUCCUGCACCCUCCUCCUUCUAACACCAAACAGGGAGAAAGGAAACCUCCCAAGGUAUUUGCCUUUGAUUAUUGCUUUUGGUCCAUGGAUGAAUCUAAUACUACAAAAUAUGCUGGUCAAGAAGUGGUUUUCAAGUGCCUUGGGGAAGGAAUUCUUGAAAAAGCCUUUCAGGGGUAUAAUGCUUGUAUUUUUGCAUAUGGACAGACAGGUUCAGGAAAAUCCUUCUCCAUGAUGGGCAGUGCUGAGCAGCUGGGCCUCAUUCCAAGGCUCUGCUGUGCGUUAUUUAAAAGGAUCUCUCUAGAGCAAAACGAGUCACAGACCUUUAAAGUCGAAGUGUCCUAUAUGGAAAUUUAUAAUGAGAAAGUUCGGGAUCUUUUAGACCCCAAAGGGAAUAGACAGUCCCUUAAAGUUCGAGAGCAUAAAGUUUUGGGACCGUAUGUAGAUGGUUUAUCCCAACUGGCUGUCACUAGUUUUGAGGAUAUUGAGUCAUUGAUGUCUGAGGGAAAUAAGUCUCGGACGGUCGCUGCGACCAACAUGAAUGAGGAAAGCAGCCGCUCCCAUGCUGUGUUCAACAUCAUAAUCACACAGACACUUUAUGACCUGCAGUCUGGGAACUCGGGAGAGAAGGUCAGUAAGGUCAGCCUGGUGGACCUGGCAGGUAGCGAGAGAGUGUCCAAAACAGGAGCCGCAGGAGAGCGACUCAAAGAAGGCAGCAACAUUAACAAAUCCCUUACAACCUUGGGGUUGGUUAUAUCCUCGCUGGCUGACCAGGCGGCUGGCAAGGGUAAAAACAAGUUUGUGCCUUACCGAGAUUCAGUCCUCACUUGGCUUCUUAAGGACAAUUUGGGAGGCAACAGCCAGACCUCUAUGAUAGCCACCAUCAGCCCAGCAGCAGACAACUAUGAAGAGACCCUCUCCACCUUACGAUACGCAGAUCGAGCCAAAAGGAUCGUUAACCAUGCCGUCGUGAACGAGGACCCCAAUGCCAAGGUCAUCCGGGAGCUGCGCGAGGAAGUAGAGAAGCUGAAGGAGCAGCUCUCACAGGCCGAGGCUAUGAAGGCCCCUGAACUGAAAGAGAAGCUCGAGGAGUCUGAAAAGCUGAUCAAAGAGCUAACAGUGACUUGGGAAGAGAAGCUGAGGAAAACAGAAGAAAUCGCACAGGAGAGACAACGACAACUUGAAAGUAUGGGGAUUUCCCUGGAGACAUCGGGUAUCAAGGUCGGGGAUGACAAGUGCUACUUAGUCAACCUGAACGCAGACCCUGCUCUCAACGAACUUCUGGUUUAUUAUUUGAAGGACCACACGAGGGUGGGCGCAGAUACGUCCCAGGACAUCCAGCUGUUUGGGAUAGGAAUUCAGGCGGAGCACUGUGAGAUAGAUAUUGCGUCUGACGGCGAUGUUACUCUUACUCCGAAAGAAAAUGCAAGGUCCUGUGUCAACGGCACCCUUGUCUGCAGCGCCACCCAGCUGUGGCACGGUGAUCGGAUCCUGUGGGGCAAUAACCACUUCUUUAGAAUUAACUUACCUAAGAGGAAGCGGCGAGAUUGGUUGAAAGACUUUGAAAAGGAGGCAGGCCCCCCGGAGCAUGACCUGGACGCAGCCAGCGAAGCUUCGUCAGAGCCAGACUACAACUACGAAUUUGCACAGAUGGAAGUUAUCAUGAAAACCCUGAACAGCAAUGACCCAGUGCAGAACGUGGUCCAGGUGCUGGAGAAGCAGUACCUGGAGGAGAAGAGGAGUGCCCUAGAGGAGCAGCGGCUCAUGUACGAGCGGGAGCUGGAGCAGCUCCGCCAGCAGCUGUCCCCGGAGCGGCAGUCCCCGAGCAGCGGCCCUGACCGCCUGGCCUACAGCAGCCAGACAGCCCAGCAGAACGUGACUCAGUGGGCAGAGGAGAGGGACGAACUCUUCCGUCAAAGCCUGGCAAAGCUGCGCGAGCAGCUCGUGAAAGCUAAUACCUUGGUGAGGGAGGCAAACUUCUUAGCUGAGGAGAUGAGUAAGCUCACUGACUACCAAGUGACUCUGCAGAUCCCUGCUGCUAACCUCAGCGCCAAUAGGAAGAGGGGAGGCAUCGUGAGUGAGCCGGCUAUACAAGUGAGGAGGAAAGGAAAGGGCACCCAAGUUUGGACCAUUGAGAAGCUGGAGAAUAAAUUAAUUGACAUGAGAGACCUUUAUCAAGAAUGGAAGGAAAAAAUUCCUGAGGCAAAGCGUCUCUAUGGGAAACGAGGUGACCCUUUCUACGAAGCCCAAGAGAAUCACAACUUAAUUGGCGUGGCUAAUGUGUUCUUGGAGUGUCUGUUCUAUGAUGUGAAACUUCAGUAUGCGGUUCCUAUCAUCAGCCAGCAGGGGGAGGUUGCUGGGCGUCUCCACGUGGAAGUGAUGCGCGUGACGGGGACCGUCCCGGAGCGCAUGGUGGAGGAUGACUCUUCGGAGAACUCUAGCGAAGGCGGGAGCCUUGAGGUCGUGGACAGCAGCGGGGAGGUCAUCCACCGAGUCAGGAAGCUGACCUGCCGGGUAAAAAUCAAAGAGGCAACUGGGCUUCCCUUAAACCUCUCAAAUUUUGUCUUCUGUCAAUACACAUUCUGGGACCAGUGUGAAUCUACAGUGGCGGCCCCGGUGGUGGACCCCGAGGUGCCUUCCCCUCAGUCCCGGGAUGCCCAGUACACCGUGACCUUCUCUCACUGUAAGGACUAUGUGGUGACGGUGACGGAGGAGCUCCUGGAGUUCCUGUCCGACGGAGCCCUGGCCAUUGAGGUGUGGGGCCACCGCUGUGCCGGGAACGGCAGCUCCAUCUGGGAAGUCGACUCUCUCCAUGCGAAGACGAGGACGCUGCAUGACAGGUGGAACGAGGUGACACGGCGAAUAGAGAUGUGGAUCUCCAUACUGGAGCUGAACGAGCUGGGGGAGUACGCGUCCGUGGAGCUCCACCAGGCCAAAGACGUCAACACGGGAGGCAUCUUCCAGCUCAGACAGGGUCAUUCCCGGAGGGUACAGGUCACGGUGAAACCCGUGCAGCAUUCCGGGACGCUGCCGCUCAUGGUCGAGGCCAUCCUGUCUGUCUCCAUUGGCUGCGUCACUGCUCGGUCCACCAAGCUGCAGCGAGGGCUGGACAGUUACCAGAGAGAUGAGGAGGAUGGCGGUGAUAUGGAUAGUUACCAGGAAGAAGACUUAAACUGUGUGAGAGAGAGGUGGUCUGACGCACUCAUCAAACGACGAGAGUACUUAGAUGAGCAAAUUAAAAAAGUCAGCAAUAAAAAAGAGAAGACGGAGGACGACGUGGAGCGGGAAGCCCGGCUUGUGGAGCAGUGGGUGGGGCUGACCGAGGAGAGAAACGCCGUGCUGGUGCCCGCACCGGGCAGCGGGGUCCCCGGGGCGCCCGCCCACUGGGUCCCACCACCUGGAAUGGAAACUCAUAUACCGGUUCUCUUCCUUGAUUUGAAUGCCGAUGACCUCAGUGCCAACGAGCAGCUCGUGGGCCCCCACGCAUCCGGCGUGAACUCCAUCCUGCCCAAGGAGCACGGCAGCCAGUUUUUCUACCUGCCCAUCAUCAAGCACAGUGAUGAGGAGGUUUCAGCCACAGCCUCCUGGGACUCCUCAGUACAUGAUUCCGUUCACCUGAAUAGGGUCACGCCGCAGAACGAAAGGAUUUACCUAAUUGUGAAGACCACGGUCCAGCUCAGCCACCCGGCUGCUAUGGAGUUAGUAUUACGAAAACGGAUUGCGGCCAAUAUUUACAACAAACAGAGCUUCACGCAGAGUCUGAAGAGGAGAAUAUCAUUGAAGAAUAUAUUUUAUUCCUGUGGUGUAACCUAUGAAAUAGUAUCCAAUAUACCAAAGGCAACAGAAGAGAUUGAGGACCGGGAGACACUGGCUCUCAUGGCAGCAAGGAGUGAGAAUGAAGGCACGUCAGACGGGGAGACCUACAUAGAGAAGUACACGCGGGGUGUGCUGCAGGUGGAGAACAUUCUGAGCCUCGAACGGCUCCGGCAGGCGGUCACGGUCAAGGAAGCGCUGUCCACCAAGGCUCGGCACCUGCGGAGGAGCCUCAGCACCCCAAACGUUCAUAACGUCUCCUCCAGUCGACCAGACCUUUCUGGCUUUGAUGAAGACGAUAAGGGUUGGCUGGAAAACCAAUUAGACAUGUCUGACUAUAGUUCCAGUUACCAAGAUAUAGCCUGUUAUGGCACUUUGCCCAGGGACUCGCCUCGAAGGAGUAAAGAAAAUAGUGGUUGUCCGUCAGAGAACCCCCACGCCUUAACAGUCAGUCCUUUUAAAGCAUUCUCUCCCCAGCCACCAAAGUUUUUCAAACCUUUAAUGCCCGUGAAAGAGGAGCAUAAGAAAAGGAUAGCUCUUGAAGCCAGGCCACUCCUCAGCCAGGAGAGCAUGCCUUCCCGUCAGGCACAUAACCCGGGCUGCACUGUGCCCUCAGGAAGCAAAGGCAGCAGCAUGCCCGUAGAGCACAGUAGCAAACGGGACAGGAAGAUUGACUCCGAGGAGGAGGAAAGUGACCUGGAAGCACUUAACAGGAAGCUGAUAGGUUCACAGCCUUACGUACCUGUGGAGUUUGCUGACUUCAGUGUUUACAACGCCAGCUUGGAGAACAGGGAGUGGUUUUCUUCUAAAGUCGAUUUGAUGAACUCGCGGGUCUUGGAGAAAGAAGUGUCCCGCAGCCCCACCGCCAGCAGCAUUACCAGCGGGUACUUCUCCCACAGUGCCUCCAAUGCCACGCUGUCCGACAUGGCGGUCCCUGCCAGUGACAGCUCGGACCAGCUAGCCGGGCAGACAAAGGAUGCGGACUCCAGUGAGCAUUACGGGCCGUCGCUCGCGCACGAUUUUAGACCGUCCAGCAAAGACUUGACAGAAUUAGAAAGAGGCUUGGUGAAAGAGAAGAUGACUUUGGUGCCACUCAAGGAAAACAGUGCCUUAGCCAAAGGGAGCCCAUCGCCCCAAAGCAUCCCUGAAAAAAAUCCCAGAAUCCUCUGUAGGACUGGCUCCUGUUCGGAACGAGAUGCGUGCUCCGGCAGAAAUGGCCAGCCAGCCAGAGAGUUCUAUCCCGGGGAAGUGACCGUAGAACACACCACAAAGAUCCUUGAGGACCAUUCUUUCACAGAGUUUAUGGGUGUAUCCGAUGGCAAAGAUUUUGAGGGUUUGACAGAUCCUUCUGCUGGAGAGCUUUCGAGUAGAAGAAACCUACCAAAUAAAAUGGACCAGAAGAGUAUCUCAGACGGGCCGCAGGACCCUGCCCAGCUGCAUUCCUCAGCAGAGAGUGACCAGGGCAGCACGACUGCUUGGUGAAAGGCAGCCCACGCUUCCUCGCAGGCCACGGCCUCUCUGCUCCGGUCGCCCUGUGGAAGCACCAGCACCGUCUUUAAAACCUGCUGCGGCCCAGCCGGGGACCUCAGACCAGCGUGGAGAAGCCGUGUGCUCUGUGGGCCACCUACUUUCUCCUACCGAGCUGGGGGCAGCGGCACUUUGUCAUUCGGGUGAACCGGCCGCCUCGGCCUUACCAGAAAGCCAGAGAACCGAAAAUCCCGGAUUGAAUUAAGUGGCAGUAUUUCUGUUUUGCACUUAACUACUACACACACCCACUGUGUAGAAACCUCCACAGAGUCAAACAAACUCUAUUCUUGUACAACGAAUUUUAAUCAGUUCUUACUGUAGAAUCUGGAGUCAAUGCUCUUUUUUUUUU